AUAGGUGCAGCAACUUGUAAGGCUCCUGAGAUUAAUGUUCAAAACUAGCUUUCCCCCUCCCCAUGGCAGGAAGAGGGUGACUCAUUAAAUCUCUCUCUGUCUCUCUCUCAAUGUCUUAUUCCCUCCCUUCCUCCCUGCUUUACAUGGCUGAGUCUGCUGGUGAAAACCUAGUGCAGGGGCCCAACCUCUUGAGAGAAGGCAGCCAAAGGAGAGGACUAGUAAUAAUAGGCCACUAUGAGCAAUGCUGGAAAGCCAACAGGACCAGAACCAGCCCUUCUGAUUGAGGUGCCAAAAAGAAAGAGGGGGCGGCCAAGGAAACAGCCACAGGAUCCUGCUGGUCCAUUGCCACCAAAGAAACCACGUGGAAGACCAAAAGGAAGCAAAAAACAGAGCACUGGUAGUGGGCAGAUGGUGCAUGUUUCAGUUGAAAAAAGGCCCAGGGGAAGACCACGAAAAUGGCUUGUUGUCCAGGAGGAAGAAUAUCAGGAAGCCAGUGUUGAAGGUGGAAGUGACCCAAGUUCUGAUGUGUGCCCUGCCACUGAAGGCACCUCUGGGAAAGGAUGUCACAGGACCACAACCGAAUUCAGGAGGUCAUUGAGCACCUCAUUGACUGUGGCUCAACAGCAGUCUGUUUGUUGAUUUGUCACUGAAAUAAAAUGUAUGAAAUUCUCAUUCUGCCACAACUGAUGCAAAAUGAAGCCCUGUGCCUGCUU